AGGAGGAAGCGAUCGUUGGAUCGGUUAUCGUGCGUUUGACUUGGAUUUUACCCGAAAUUUACGUCUGUGCAUUUGAGCAAAAAGGCGAUGCUUCGGAUCUUCGCAUCCAGGUUUAUUUGUGAAGUCUCCCACACACUCUGAUUGGCAUUAUUUCUUUAAAAUUAUUCUUCUUUGCACCGCGUUCAUAGUUGGGAUUUGCGGUGCGGUGGGGCUUCCUGCAAAAGAGAGAAAGAUUGCACAGUGUGUGUGUGGAAGGGGGAUUCUAGCCUUGCUCGGUUUGUCGAUCUCUCCGCACUGUGCCUCCGGCACGAGCAUGUUCCUCAGUUUGAACCAUUUGCGACCGACGUGUGUAAUAACGGAGAGGAUGUUGAUCGCGUAUUGGAUUUACCCAGAUAUUACCGACUCUGUAAACAGUGAAAUCAACAAACACACCUUUGUCUAGAUUCUUGACAAUGAAACCCGGGAUUACCAUAUCGGCUUACCGUCUGCCCCUUGCAAAAGCUGAUAGAAGUGAUAUCAAAAUGGGGAGAAGCCUUCUGCGGUACUUCGACUCGAACUGGAAUACUGUUUUAGAUGACUGAGGUGUGAGUGAGUGAUCGCGGACUUGUAUCACUCACGGCCAGCAUGGGGAUUCGUUGUAAAUUUGUGUUUCUCGCGGCUCUCUUGUGUGUAGACGUCGUUUGGCUCGGGGAAGCCUGCGUCCCUAGCUGUCAGUGCACGAUGGUGGGCAAGAGAGACAAGAAAGUCAGAAAAGUAGAUUGCUCCAAACACCCCUUACCAUACACCUCUUUAUCUCAAAUGCAUCUACCUUUGGAUACUGUACAUUUGGAUUUGAAGCGGAAUGCGUUAACCGUACUCAAAGAAGGAUCUUUCAUGGGGCUGUCAAUGCUGGAAAAACUGAAUCUAAGUUACAAUCACAUCACUAUCAUCAAAGCGGGAGCAUUUCAAGGAUUAGAAAGUCUUGUUCGACUAGACCUAUCUCACAACAAGAUUGGCAUCAUCGACAGUGGCAUCUUCUCAGGUCUGCCAAAACUUAUCAAACUAUCUCUGUCUUAUAAUCGAAUCAAUACCAUACCAGAAGGAACUUUCAAUGACUUGACAUCUCUUCAUAGUGUUGAUUUCAACUCGGAAUAUUUAAGAUGUGACUGUCACUUACGCUGGCUUAUAAAAUGGUCGAAAAGUAAAAAGGUUCGGGUUCACGCAUCCACAAAAUGUGCCUUGCCGGAAGCCAUGAAAGGGCUGACCUUCAACAAGCUGAGACGGAGUGAACUCCACUGCAAUCAUGACCUGCAGCUUCCUUUCUUUGAGAUCAUCCCGAAGGAGUCCCAGAUCGUGUUUGAAGGAGACAAACUUCCAUUUGAAUGUCGGGCCUCAGUUAUCCAUCAAAAGACGAAGAUAUUCUGGAUGCGAAAGAAUGUGACGAUAAAGACUAACAAGACUGCAGGUGUGUUUGUGCACACGCUCAUGUCUCCCGAUCGCACGGUCAUCACCCAUUCCCUGGUGGUGGAAAAUCUACAGAAGUCUCACACUGGAAACUGGAGUUGUCAGGUGUCCACACCGCAGGGCAAAGUGUCACGCGAUGUCAUGAUCACCGUCAUCAAGACUGAGGUCAUCAAGUGUCCAUCCGUAACCAAGGUAACAAACAAGGGCAACUAUACCUGGCCGUCCACGCUGGCGGGAAUCAUCAUCAAGAAGAAGUGCAUUGUGGGAGGAGCGCACGAUGAGGUGACCUACUACUGCAACGACUUCGGCUUCUGGGAGAAUCACAACGUCUCUUCCUGCGGCUACGUCAGCAUCCUGACAAGAAACCUCGAGAGCUUUUCAAUUCAAACUUUAAAUAAAACGAGGAUUUUGGAAUACAUUGGACGGUUACGACUGAACUUCAACAACCCACGCCCCAUCUUCUACGACAUGUCCGUCAUGGAUGUAGUCUUUGCCACGGACAUCCUCAAACGAUUACAAAACUAUAUCUUACUAAAACCAGAGGUGGCCGAUGUCAUUGUUGAGAUAGCCAGCAACUUAACACAGGUGCCCAGUUCCAUUCUACGCGGCUCACAGCUCCAGAAACGAGCGUGCUCAAGAGUGAUUGAGGUACUGGACAACAUCACACAGGAGGUAGAGUUGCCACAAAUGACAGGAAUGUGGUCUAAAUAUUUCGGUGGUCUGGCGAUGACCGUGAUGUCUGAACCAAACGAUGAUCCUGCUCCAAUUCGCUGUGUCCUGCGGAAAACACCAAACCAGGUGGAGACAACGUUCAGUGAGCAGACGUUUUCCUGUAGUCGUCUUGACAACAACACUGAUCCCAGCCAGGACUCAGACAAGGAUGUGCGUGUGUCUGUGGCUAUCCCCGACUCGCUGCUGACAAACUGCAGUGAGUGUGCCGGCAAUGAGACGCGGAUCCAGGUGACGGUGUUCCGGAAUGGCUCCCUGUUCCCCAGCACCACCACGGUGCACCGCGACCCCGGGCUCGGCUCCAGGAACUGGACGGUCGUGUCCAACGUCGUCACGGUGUCUGUCGGGCAUCCUGUUGUAAAUUUGUCCGAGCCAUUAAUCAUCAAAUUCCACGUACCCGAUCCUGAAGCUCGCCUCACUGCUGCAUUCUGGGACUUCAAUGCUAAUGGCGGGCUGGGCGACUGGUGUACUGAAGGUUGUGAGAUCGUGUCUCAGGAGAAGAACAUUAGUACAGUCCACUGCUAUCAUCUUUCCAACUUCGCAAUUCUGCAGGACCACACAGUAGCAGUAAACCGCCACUCGUUCAUGAUGGAGCCUGUCAUCUACAUUGGAAGCUGCAUCUGCAUGCUGUGUAUGAUGGCCGUUAUCAUCACCUACAUCACUUGCUUCAGACUGAUUUUCAUCCCUAAGAAGAUGAAGCACUCUGUGAUCAACAUCUGUAUCAGCGUUCUGCUGCUGAUCGUCGCCUUCACGAUGGGCAUCAACCGGACUGACCUUGAACUUGUGUGUCAGAUCGCCGGUAUCUGCAUCCAUUACCUGACCCUGUGUGCCAUCUUCUGGAUCACCAUCACUGCCAACAAUAUGUUUAAGAAGUUCAUGAAGGCCGAGAGACCGCCCUCACCUCCGCCGGAGCCCGUACAGAUGCCUCUACCUCCGAAACCAAUUCUACGCUUUUAUUUCCUGGGCUGGGGUGUGCCCAUCAUCAUCUGCGGCAUCACCGCGGCAGUCAACAUGAACCAUUACUCAGGGAUGGAGUAUUGUUUCCUGGACUGGGAACCGAGUCUGGGUGCGUUCUACGGACCAGUGACACUGCUGGUUGUUCUCAACCUGAUCUUCUUCCUGAGAAUCUCAUGCGUGAUUCGCGGGGCAUCCAGCACACUGAACGAGACCGACGAGACCGAGGAGAUGCACGUGAACGAGAUAGAACUUGUCCCCAACCAGCCGGACACCAACCUCGAGACGCAGUCACUGACGCGACUCAACAACGACGACAAUGACGACGAUGAUGAUGACGAUAAUGAAUCCACUCGCAGCAUCCUCGAUCAGGAGCGCCGUCCAAUAACACAGCUGCGCGCGUUGGUAGCGACACUAUUUCUGUACAUCGUGGCAUGGGUCUGUGGUGCGUUCGCAGUGGCCAAGCCGUUUAAAUCAAUAAUCCCAUACCAGGAGUUGAUUUUCAGUUACCUGUAUGGGGUGAUGAGUGCGAUGUUGGGUAUUUUCAUGUUGUGUUUCUUCUGUCUCACGAGGAAGGAUUCCCGUCUGAGCUGGAAGCGGUUCUUCGGGUGUGGGCCGCCGCCUGUGUACACGUUUCCUGUCACCACGUCCGAUCCCCCAACAACAAUCACGCCUGUUGCCAACGGCAACGUUGUCAAGAGCAACAGCAACAUGGACGUGUCGACUUACUCGCAGAAGUCGUCCAACAUCACCAAAGCUUACAACAUGAAGAACACGCCCAGCAAACAGUCGAAUCUCAACCUCAUCCCUGUGCCGAACUCGUCGAAGGAAGGAUCCAUCGUGAGUAGCAUUCAGGACGCCAGUUUUCCCAACUUCUACAACCAGAAGCAAAACGGUGCUGCCAAGCGGUUCUGGGACAAGAACCGACACAAUCAAUCGAAGAUAAUGAACAAAGACGUGAACCGAGAUAUAAACAGCAGUCUGACCGACAACCUGUCGGCCUCCGACUUCAACCAGCAUAUGAGUCAUGGCACAAGCAGCGAGGCCAACACCCACCUGAGUAUAGAGAUUCAGAUUCAGACGAAAGACCCCCACCACGGUGGAGGUGAACCGCACGUCUCCUCGGGGACCAGUCAGUCGCAGAGGAUUCAAAAUGCAAACAACAUGCCUUCAAAUACACAACAGACUAGUGGCCCGGUUUUCAAUGGGCCCCCCAUGGACCGGAACCAAAUGACGCCAGUAGGUGGUGCCAAGACUCCCGAACCGGCGGGCGUAGCGAGCUCGCACCACCUCGGUUCGGGUUCUCCUGCAGGUUCCCAUCUACCUCAGCACAACCGGUCCCCGAGCGCCUGCUCCCUGGGGACGGGGAUUCAUCCUAGUGCUUUCAAACCCGUGAACCCGCGCAACAACACGCUGCCCCGCCCCACGCAGAACGGCGGGUGUAAGCAGUCUAGUCCUAACAACGAGGUGGUCGUCCACGACGGAGGGUCCGUGCCCCGCGUGAGGGGGGACAUGGACGGACAGAGUCAGGUGAGUGACCACUGUGUGCGCGACCCGCCCCCAAGUGUGCGGCAGAUUCACAUACCAGUCGGGCUACCUAGUCACAUGGCAGCAAAGGGACAAGUGUUGAUGCGUCCCCCGAUGGCGUUCGACAAUUCGGGAAUGAGCUACCAGCCGGCUUUCUUCAACAGCCACGGGUACGGUUACCAGCAACCUGUGCCAUACGACAGCUCAGGCAUCAGUUACCAGCCCGCACCGUUCGACCUGUCGGGAAUAAGCUACCAGCCGGCCUCAUUUGACAAUUCAGGGAUGUGUUACAAUCGUAUGCAGAGUCCGAAACGGUACCGACCCCAUUCGGGGGACCGUGUUCACAGUCCGGGAAGUCGGGGCUCGCACAGUUCUAGGGGCUCCCGCAGCCCCCACAGGACUCGGCCGAUGUCGGGUGAGUACAGCUCGGACAGUAGCCGACAGCGCGGCCACAGACGGAAUAAUUCUCGUCCCGAAAAUAUCGUCCGAUUCGGACACGAUGGGUCGAGAAGUCCCAUCAUGUCGGACGGUCAGAUACACGACAGCAGGUUCAUGGGUCCCGAGUCGGACGGUCAGGUGCGGUUUGAGAAGCGGCAGCCUGUGAACGACUCGGACCACCACUCAGACCCGACCCACAGGAAGAGACCCCGGCCACAUGACAAAUACGCUAGGAACCGCGGCAUGCAGAAACAGAGGUCACUCGGCUGGGAGGAACAGUACAAAGACCGGCCAGCGAAAGUGGCAUACGCCUACGUGAACCACAACUACCAGCAAAAGGUGCUUUCUAAACUGAUCACUCAAGCCAGUGAGAGUGACGAACUGGCCAAGAAGGCAUUCUGGCUACCGCGGUCAAUGAGUGAGUACGACCGGUUAACUCAGACUGGGUUUUGCAAUAUGGUGGAAGAUUCCGACUCGACGACGGAUGACGAUUCCGAGAGUGUUGUUAAUGUGUGGGUGCCACAAAAUAAUGAACCCGAAGACCUGUUCAAAAAGGAAACCAGUGUAUAGCUCAAGGUGCAUCGUGUGUGUCGUGUAUCUUAAUAUAUAUAUCGGUGAUAAACACACUAUAUCUAUUGAUAUAUAUCGUGAUAACCAAAUAACUGUAUGCCAGUUGAUUAUUGUAGAGUCGGGUUUUCAUUUUAUUUAUAACAGUCAUUUUUUGUUACUUGAAAAUAUUUUUUUAAUGUUGGGCAGUUUCAAAAAGCAGAAUAAGAUUAUUUGCUUAUUCAUUAUUUGACAAUUUCAGUUCAGUAAAAAUUUUUUACAUUAAACUGAAUACAGGUAAUGUGAUUAUACUUUAAAAAUUACUUUAUAGUGUGUUCAGAAAUUUUCGCUUUAUUAUUUAUACAACAUGGUGUUUAUAGCCUAU